GUUAAAUUCUGCUCUGUCAGAGAGAGCAUCUGUCAAGCCCACAUUUAAACUGCUGCCUGCCUGUGCAGCACUGAAGAACCGUGGAUUUCACAUUACAGACUAAAACCCCAGUAAAGCAGCUCAAAAAAAAAAAAAAAAAAAAAAAAAUCCUUCCUGCAGCUGCCAGGCAACAACGACGAAGAGAGGCAAAGCCUUUUUUUUUUCCCCAAUGCAACUGAAACACUAAACCCCGGCUCUGCUGCUUUACAUUGCAGCUCAGCGCUACUAGAAAUAUGGAUACUGAGAAGAGAAUACAGCACUGCAUUGUCCAGCCGGGAAUACAGCAGAUAUAAAGAGCUUCAAUGCAUCAACUGUCAGAAAGAGUCAACAGUGCACCAAACAAAACAGAAAACUACAGCUCUUUUGUUUAAUGAAAGAGAGAGAGAAUGAAAGCAAGGGGAAAUCUCUGAAGAUCAGGACACGUACGAACAAGAAGCAUAACUUGAGGACACCCCGACAGAUGGACACUUCGGAUACUGUGAAAAGCAAUCACAGGAGGCAGACUGUUGGGGGAUGUGCGCAUGUUCGAGAGCAUCGUUUUUGCUGAAGUGAUGGCGUGCCAAAAGUAUUUUCAGUGGGCAUAAUGCUCUCCGUCUAAAUGGCCUGACCAAGAAAGAAAGAAUGACUUCGAGGGACACGUAACUAACCAGAAAAUGAUGACCAAAGAACAGUACUGAUUAAGAAAAAAACAGCAUUUUUGGCCACAUAUAUCCUUCACUAUCACUGGAUAUUACAACAUGCUUCAGUGGAGGAGAAGACAUUGCUGCUUUGCAAAAUGGAAUACUAAAAGGUCUCUGUUCCGGACCCACCUUAUGGGUAUACUCUCCCUAGUGUUUCUUUUUGCUAUGUUUCUCUUUUUCAAUCAUCAUGACUGGCUACCGGGUAGACCUGGAUUCAAAGAAAACCCUGUGACAUACACUUUCCGAGGAUUUCGUUCUACAAAAAGUGAGACAAAUCACAGCUCCCUUCGGAACAUUUGGAAAGAAACAGUUCCUCAGACUUUGAGGCCUCAGACAGCAACGAACUCCAAUAACACAGACUUAUCACCACAAGGAGUUACAGGACUAGAGAACACACUCAGUGCCAAUGGAAGUAUUUACAAUGAAAAAGGUACUGGACAUGCAAACUCUUACCAUUUCAAAUACAUUAUCAAUGAGCCUGAAAAAUGCCAAGAAAAAAGUCCAUUUUUAAUACUAUUAAUAGCUGCAGAACCUGGACAAAUAGAAGCAAGACGAGCUAUCCGGCAAACUUGGGGCAAUGAAACUUUAGCACCUGGUAUCGAAAUCACACGGAUUUUUCUGCUGGGCAUAAGUAUUAAGCUAAAUGGCUAUCUUCAACAUGCAAUUCUAGAAGAAAGCAGACAAUAUCAUGAUAUAAUUCAACAGGAAUACUUAGAUACAUACUAUAAUCUGACCAUUAAAACACUAAUGGGUAUGAACUGGGUUGCAACAUACUGUCCACAUAUUCCAUAUGUUAUGAAAACAGACAGUGACAUGUUUGUCAACACUGAAUAUUUAAUACACAAGUUACUAAAGCCAGACCUGCCUCCCAGACACAACUAUUUCACUGGGUAUCUAAUGAGAGGAUAUGCACCUAACAGAAACAAAGACAGCAAGUGGUACAUGCCACCAGACCUUUACCCAAGUGAGCGCUACCCUGUCUUCUGCUCAGGAACUGGUUAUGUUUUUUCGGGAGAUCUGGCAGAAAAGAUAUUUAAGGUUUCUUUAGGUAUCCGUCGUUUGCACUUGGAAGAUGUCUACGUAGGAAUCUGUCUUGCUAAGUUGAGAAUUGAUCCUGUGCCCCCUCCCAAUGAAUUCGUGUUCAAUCACUGGCGAGUUUCUUAUUCAAGCUGUAAAUACAGCCACCUAAUUACCUCUCAUCAGUUCCAGCCUAGUGAACUGAUAAAAUACUGGAACCAUUUACAACAAAAUAAGCACAACGCCUGUGCCAACGCAGCAAAGGAAAAGGCAGGCAGGUAUCGGCACCGCAAACUACACUAAAGACUAUUUUUGUUCAAAUGUGCAAUCUGUAUAUAUUGCUUAAAGCAUGUAUAGUUAAAAACUUGAUUAUAUACAUAGGAAAAGUUUUAGUUCAACUCAUCACAUAAAGGAAUUAGAAACUAUUUUUUUAAUUUCUGAAUAAGAUAAUUCAUAAAAUUACAAAUUAUGACAAAAAGAUAUCCCAAAAGAGUCUCUUUAAAUAACUGUAUAAGGAGAUUCUCUGUAUUAACAUGCAAUAAUACGCAUGCAUACAUAAAUGGUUCAAGUCUUACAUUAGGGACUGAUACAAUGUAUCUGUAUACAUUUUCUACAUAAAUCUUAAUUUAAGAAAUGAAGAUAGUCAAAAAGACUCCUAGAUUUACUUUCGAUUUCACCAUAAUGAAAUGUAAAUAAGACAGUACUAUUGAUUUUAAGGAAACUUUGUAAUUGUGCAAAGACCAAUUUUCUGACCUAACUCUAGAGUUCUAAAACUUUAUACUACAUGCAAUAAGAUUUAGUUAAGUUAUUCCAUAACAUUAUUUAUAGCAUUCAGGUGUUUCAGCAAUGCAAUUCUCAUUCAAAAAUUUACUUUUAAAAAUAACUGAUAAUUAUUUUAAUUUCUUUUAUUAAUACUCAUCUAUACUGGGGAAAUUAUUUUGACAUGAUGUGAUAAAUGUGAAAAAUUAAUGUGUCUCAGGCUCAAGUUUUUAUAAAAUGAAUUAUUAAAGGUAUCAAAAUAGAUAACUUUUGUUUUCUCAUUGGAAUUAAGUGCCAAACCAGUAUUUCAAGGAAGUUGCAUUUAGACAAAUAUUACAUUCUCAGAGAGUGCUUUUAUUUAACCUCAACUAUACCUGACUUCAAGUACAUCUGUAAAACAGAGUCAUGUUCCUCUAGCUGAAACAAAAGUAGUAACAUUUAAAAGCACAAUGACGUGUUGUUGAAAAAAGAGAGAUACAGGUAGUAAUUUCAUUCAAUAUAUUUUUUUAAGAUAUAUAUCUACCAAACAGCAACAUUUGGGGGAAGUUUAUUUCCUGAGAGCAGGUGUACAUAAGCCAACACUUAAUCAUUUUAUGGCACCUAUUUCUUCUCUCACUGCCAAGUUUACAAACCUACGGUUUUUAAUUUGGUAGAUGACAAAUACUCUGCAUCACCAAUUAAAAAACAUUUAGGGAGGGAUGGGAAGAAAGCUACACAUGUUUGAUAACCAUUUGCUUUUAGAAUGGACAAUAUGCUUAAUGCACUUUUAUCAAGGUACUAUUAGUCUUUACAGGGUAAACAACAAAACCCUGAACUGAAUGUUAUACAAAUGUUCUCAUAUUUUGCUUGGCCCUAUCAUGAAUUUUAACAUCAAUAAACACAAGCCCACUAACUUUAAAAUAAUGUUUUAAUUCUGAGUAAAUUUGUUAAUUUUAAUUAAAUACAAAUAUCUCCUUACCAGAAUUAAACCAUUCUUAGCACUGAUUCUAUUAUGAAAAAAAUAAAUUGCCAGAAGCACAAAAGGUUUUAUAUGUUAGUAACACACUCAGUUCUACUUACAUUAAAUCUAUCUCCCAUUUUAAAAUCAGAAGCCUAAGUACUCUAUUCCACAUCAAAUGAUUCUACAUAAUCAGCUAUGAAAUAUCUACCAGCUUUUGUCUAAUAAUUAUUUUUCACUUUAUUUAAUCUAUGUAAUUAUAGAGUGACCAGUAUUACUACCAAAAAAAAAAAAAAAGACAUGCACAAAAGGAUAACACCAAACCACUUCAGUAAUGAAAGACAGGGACUCUGUUAGUAUACUAAUUCCCUCUAGUUUACACCACAGAAGGUUAAAAAGAAGAGGGGAAACAUGAUGUUUGUGAGCAUUCAUGCACAGGCAUGUAAACUAAAACAGAACUCUCAAGUGACAUUUAAAAACUGUAAUAUGAUUACUUGGUUUAAAAUACUGACUUACGAAGAACAGAAUAAUUAAAAACACUUAAGUGCUUAUUCUGAGGUAUCAACUUAAAAUCAUUUCUACAUUACUAAAAAAUGACUUGAAAAAUAAUGAUAAGCUGAUGGUGUUCUGAGUCCCAGAGGAGAUUAAACUAGUCAAGUUCUUAAUGUCAAAAGUCUGUGUUUCCACCUUUAGGGUAGCAUAUACUUCCAUAGCCUCAGCACUUGGAAAAUGAAGUAGGAGGAAUGAGAGUUCAAGGCAAAUCAGUCUUAGGUUAAACAGCAGAAUUCUAACUAAGAAAACAACCAAACCUGAUUUUACAAUAAAGUUCUAUUAUUAAUUUGUUUUCACAUUUCAUUUUCAACAAUAUAAAUGUUAACUUUAUAAGCUGCUAUUUAAAUAUCUCCCCAGUUAUUAAUUAGUUGUAUCUUCUUUACCUCAGUAUUAUGAAAUUUUUUAAUAUAAGAAAUGUUUUAAAAUGACUAUAUGGAUUCGAGCAAAGGAAAUAUUACAGAGUCAACUGUGUAACACAAAAGUAUUAAUAGACAUUUCAGAAAGAAAAUGCAAACUUCAGUAUUUACAGCAGUAGUUUGGAAUAAAAUUACACAUAAUGAAAUUCCACAACAACUAAAUUAAUUCAUGUUUUCCCUAAUCUCUUCCAUGCACAUAAUAUGCAUAAGCACAUACAUCCUAAUUGGAACUUCAUUAAUACCUAGUUCCAGAAAAGUCUACAAUAAUAAUCUCAGUGACAACACCACACACUGUUUACUGACUGUGGAAGCAAUAUACCUUGUACUGUUCUAAAGUACCAUUUACUCCAUAGAGUGCUUGUAACACUAAAGAUAGAAAAGACUCAUGAGAGAGGUUAAAAACAUAAAAUCACAAGGCUAGUGAAAGGCUUCCACCUCAGAAAUCAUGCUCUUAUUCAUUAUGCUCUUCUGCUACGUACUUCACUUAUGACAGAAGCUAACAGGUCUACAAAGCCAAGCAAAAUGACUCAUCCCAUUCUCUGCUUAUUCUCUUUGGCAGGGCCCACAGAUUUCAUGGCCAUUUUUCUGUCACUAGCAUAUGUCAUUAGGUGUUAGGUAUAAAGAAGAAAAGGGGAAAGAAAAGGACAUUUGGUCCCCUGGUUGUUUUCUCUUCCCCUCUGCAAAUAUUAGUGAAUGAUUAACUUUAAUUUUUAAACUUUGUGCACUGCUGUUUUGGGCCCUGGGUUACGUCUGUAACAGUAAACAAGUGACAUUUAGAAAGUUCACAGAGGGUAAUUUUAGCAGACAAACAUAUAUACACUUAAAUGCAUAUACUUACCCGCUAUAGCAGUUAUCAACUAACUGGUCUGUAGCAGGGUCAAAGCCAAUCUAAUUAAGAUUAAGUCUAUCCAAGAGUGGUAGUGCACACCUUUACUCCCAGGCAGAAGCAGGUGGAUUUCAGUGAGUUCAAGGCCAGUCUGAUCUAUACAGCAAGUUCCAGGUCAGCAAGAGCUAGAGACCAUGUCUCAAGAACAAAGAAACCAAAGACUCCAACAUACCCUUUUCCUAGGUACCCAUAGAGUGAAAAAGAAAACUGACUCCCACAAGUUGACCUCUGGACACUGCAGGUGUGUACAAGCCACUUGCAUCCACACACACACAUACAAAACAUAAAUAAAUGAAAUACCAAAAAAAGAAUUAAAGAAAAAAAUAGAUCCCAGAUAAUACAAAAUACAGUAUUAAUUACUCAAGCACCUAUUCUACUAAGCUUUUUAGUGACUACUUUAAUUUAUGGCAGUGUAGAGUCAGAAAACAGAAACCAAAAUGAAGACAAACAGAAUAGUUAUUUAUAACUAAGCAAAACUAAUUUCUGUCAAAAAUAAAAUGAAAGCCAAGUAGGACACAGUGAAGCCUGCCUAUUGUUUUAGCUACUACCUAAGAUGAGGCACAGGUCAAUUACUUGGGCCCAGCAGUUCCAGAUCAACCAAAGCAAACAGCAAUGCUCAUUAAAAAACAAAAUAAAAAGAUAAAAGGCAACCUUUAGAAAUAGGCAAAACAUAUCCCUUUUAAAUUCCCCUACCAAUAAAUCAAUUAAUUAGGAUACAAAAAUAUAUUUUGAAUGGUAUACGGCUCACAUUCUUCAAUUAUGCAUAAGAAUCAUGAUCUUGGGGAAAUGAAAAUGAAAUGUUUUUGUCUACUUCAAGUCAAUGAAUAUCAUUUAAGCUUAUACUGCAUUAUGCAUGAACAUCUAUGUUCAUCACGUACAUUCCUUAUCAUGAAUCCCUUCGAACUGCAGUUACAGACAGUUGUGGGCUGCCAUGUCAUUGUGCUGGGAGUUGAACCUGGGUCCUCUAAAGGAGCAGCCAGUGCUCUUAAUAAGGGUGCUUGUAAGAAGGAAGCAUGUGAGGCAUGAGCUUAGGUGCACAAUCCCUCCUUUUUAGCAUCAGAGGAACUCUUUCUUCUAUAAUACAAAGAAUUUAAGUAACAACUCUGAGUUUUAGGAUUAUACUAGAAAGAGCAAUAUAAAAAUAGUAUCUAACAUUUCAAAAGAAAUUUCUAUCCCUGUCUACUAAAAUACUGAAAGACGAUGAGUCUCAAUGGUGGAGAACAUUUUUAAUUACUUUUAAUUAAGCCAUCUGGGAAACAAAGGUCGGUAGACCUGCAGGAGUUCAAGGCCAGGCUGUUCUCUACAUAGGAAGUUCCUGGAGAGCCAGGGCUAUAUAAGAGUAAGACCCUGUCUCAAAAAAAAAAUUUAUUUAUUCUAGGUGUGUUUGUAUUUGUUUGUGUGUGUCUGAGUACCCAAAUGCCACAGCAAGUAGAGGACAGCUUGUAUAAGUUGGUUCUUUCCUUCAGUUAUGUGAGUUCCAAAAUGGAACUCGGGACAUUAGGCUUCAUAACAAGCACUGUACCAGAGAACACUUCCAAUGCUCAGGUUACAGUUUCUAGAUACUACUGCCUUAAAAAGCAACCACUUAUCUUUGCAGAAAUGGUGUUCCAGAUCCGGAGUAGAAAACACACAAGUAUGCCAGAAACCAAGGAAGGAAAAAUUAAUGAAGUAAAGUAAAAAUAUUUUAGGUCUCAACUUCAUGAGGUGCCCUACUGACCUAAUAUUAGGUAUCUGGAAAGCUACUCAAAAUGACUGGUGUGUUAAUUUAUCUCAAUAAGUAAGACAUAUACUAUGUAUGUACCUUAUAACAUGUUAAACACAGACAAUAAAAUUAUUUUGAAAUAAAAUCAACUUCAAUGACAAAUUAAUUAACUCCAAAAACAUAAAGAGCUGAGAUUACAUUAUUAAAGAAUAUUCUGUCCAAAAUAUACAAAGAAAUCAAUCCUAUUUUCAAAAAACUAACAAAGAAAAACAAGAAUAAAAUGGUUACUACUUUGACUAAAACGAUAAUUGAGCCAAAAAUUAAAAAUGUAAAAUAAAUAUGUGUGUGUGCACACACAUUUAUGUACCUAUGUGUGUAUGUAUUCAGUGCCUACAAACAAAUCCUCCGACCUGUUGUGAUUUCUGUCCUUUUAGUCAUUACGGUCUUUAACUGUAUAAGUUUCUCAAAAUUUUUGGUUUGUUUACUUAUUUUUUAUUGUAGCCAAAAACUCCUAGCUGAUGGAAGACACAGUACUAGCAGACCUUACAGUAAUAAAGCCAUUUCUAAUGUCUACGGGGAUUCCACAAAAUGUAAGAUCAUGCCCACAGUACACUCUACCACAUGAACAAGUGGAGAAAAGAGGAAUCCAAGAGCAAUUUAUCUGUUAAAGAAUAGAAGUAAAUAGAACAUGACUUUAACCCCAACAUCAGGAGAAUUGUGAAUAAAAGCCAGUCUGAGUUGACUGCAAGAUAUUGGCUGGAAGAGAGAUAAGUAGGUAGAUAGGUAGGUAGGUAGGGUGGAAGGAAGAAAGAUAGAUAGAUAUAAAGAUGGAUAGAUAGAUAUG